AUGGACGGAGCUGAGAGGAUCAUCCAGCGUCUGCUGCUGGAGGCCAAAGCUUACAGGGACCGGUCAUCUUUCCUGAACCUCCAUGACUCUCCUGCCGUGUCAGGUACGUAUCCUUUGGAUUAUCCCCUGCAGGCUUCUUAUGAGCGGAGUGUCCCCACACUCCCAGUAGUGGGCGCUGUGCACACAGUGCCACUUCCCCUGCAGAUAUUGGACCAUUUUGACCCCAUGCAAAACCCUGAUUGCAUGAUGGGGGUGUUCCCUGAGAUCAGCCAGGCUUGGCUGGUCAUUAACAGUCAUUUCUUCCUCUGGAAUUUCCAGAAUGGAAGAAAUCUUAUUUCUUUUGAUGGACUCAGGGACAGUAUACUGUGUGCUGGACUAGUAAGACCUAAAGAAGGUCUCCUCCAGCCACACAUUGCUUAUCUCCUAGUCAUUGCCACUCCUGUCCAAGUGGUUAUGCUGGGAGUCACCGUGACCAGUCUACAGACUGGAGACCUCCAUAACAGGACCACCGAGGAAAUCCAGCUACUGACAGAGCCCAUGUAUUUAGCCGCCGCAGAUGACAUGUACAUCUCUGUGACCGGCACACACAAUGGGCGCAUCUUUCUGUCAGGCCACUCUGGAUCCUUGUAUGAAGUGGUCUACCAGGCUAAAGCCGGCUGGCUUAGCCCCAAAAGCUGGAUCAUAAACCAUUCUAAGGGCAUGGCCUCUGUGCUUCUCACAUCCAUGCGCUUAACCAAAUACGACCCCAUUGCUCAGGUUGCUGUUGAUAACAGCCGUAACAUCUUGUAUACCUUCUCUGAGAAUGGGGUGCUACAGGUUUAUGACUUGGGACAAGAUGGUAAUGGGAUAAGAAAAGUGACAUCAAUAUCCCAGGAUACCAUCGUCUCAUCUGCUACAGACAUUGCCAAGACGGUGGAUGAUUCGGCAUUCAAGCCCAUUGUACAGAUUGCAGUCAUUGAGGAAUCAAAAUCUGCAGUUUGUCACUUAGUGGCUGUUACUCGUGCCGGUGUCCGCCUCUACUUCACCACUGCACCAUUACAGCAGCCCACAGCCCAGCCCUGCGGGUUGACCUUGGUGCAUGUUCGCAUGCCUCCUGGAUUUACAUCCUCUGCCUCAGUGGAAAAGCCAUCAAAUGUCCAUAAAGUGCUUUACAGCGAUGGUGUUUUCCUGAUGGCAGCUUCUACCGAUGAUGACUGUAAUCUUUUAUGGUGCAUCAACCAUGACCCCAAGCGAUUUCAGUUGUCACCAAUGGAAAUGCAUUCUAAAGUGCCCAUGGACGGUUAUUCCUGCGCACUUGCAUCUUUUACUGACUCUUCUACAACGAUGGAAAGACGCACAUUUCCAGCCAAGAAAUUUGUUGUGCUCUCUGCUUAUGGAAGCCAUAUUUUCUCUAUGGUCACACCAGUGGAGCAGCUUCAACAUCUUGUCUGCACUUAUGAAGAUGGAGGUGAACAGAACAUUGAGCAAUUCUUCAAACUGUACCAACGAGAUCAGGCUUGUGCAGUUACUUUACAGCUUGCUUGUUCUACUUUUUCCUCUGAACGGAAGCUGUCUGUCUGGGCUACACAGGCAUUUUUCAGUUAUGGAGGAAUAGCACCGGUGAAAAUGAACCCUUCACUUGCUCCUCACAAUAACAUCAGGGCAAUCUUUUAUUCCUCUAUACCUGUUGGGCCACCCUUGCACACUGGUAACCAGGCACUAAAUCUGAGUUUCCUGGCUUCACUUGGUCAACCUUGCUAUUUGCCAGUGAUUAUUUUUUCUGCAGGACACAAUGGUAUCUACAUCCACUUUACCAGAAUUAUUCAGAGCAUCUGGGAUAAAGAACUUACAGCUGAGAGGAAAUUCAAGGUGGAGAACUGCGAUGUCACUGAGAUUCAUAGCAGAGUCUCCAGUCAAGUUCUGAAAUCUGUUCUACAGGACCUUGGAGUUUUACAAGAGUUUCUGGAUAGGAACUUUCAGUUUGGAACAGGCUCCCUCCAAGACAUCAGAUGCAGAUAUAAAAGCACGAUCCCUCAUGGCAACAGGGUAACCACUGGCACAAGGCAGAAGCUAAAGAACAUUGGAGAUCAUCAAGAACUACAUGACAAGCCCCAGUCAGCAGAGAUAACUUCAAUUCAAGAACUUCACCAGCUGGUCAGAAAGUCUAUUCAAAUCUUAGCACUUUGGAAUCUGCUCUGUGGGAGCCACUUUCACCAGGUGGUGUCUGAGCUUCACACGGUGUUGCAGGAGCAGCUGAAAAAAACUACCUUUAAAGAUCUACUCCUCCGGAACCAAGAGUUGACCAGAGCUCUUAUUUCAUCAUUGAUCACCUGGCAUAUCCGACACAACUUACAGGUAGAUGAAGUCAUUUCUUCCCUGCAACGAGCGUGCCCACUAUUUUACAGCACUGAGGAUGCCAUCUUCACCAAGGCAAAUCUACAAAGGUCCCUUCAAGCUCAGAACAAGCAUGAUAAAGACCAAAUGCUGCGAGUGUCAUUGCAGGAGUACAAGAAAGUAGGUCACCUGAUUGACUUGGCGAACAUUUGUGGCCAGUACAGACAAGAACAUUUUUAUGAAGGUGUAGUGGAUCUCUGCCUGGCAUCUGCUGAGAAAAAGGACCCAGCAGGACUUGGAUUGCUCUUUCUGAGGAACGGUAAGCCCAAAGGGGACGCAGCAGGAUUACAAGCAUCUGAAGAUAGGACGUUCUGCUACAAAAUCAUCCUUGAUUCACUGCAAGAGGUGGUCAACCAAAUGAAAUAUCCUCCACCUACAGCACCCCUGAAGCUAGACCCUGGACAUCAUUUGAAACAAAUACUGAUAGUGUCUCAGCGUUCUUCAGAUGAAUUCUUCCACAUAGUCCUAUUCAACUGGCUUAUACAAGCUGAUCUCACAGACAUCCUGGUAGAGCUGAAAUCACCUUUUCUGGAGGCUCAUUUGCUGCAUAUAUCUAACCGCCGUGAAAACCAAGUGGCCACCAUGAAUUUAUUAUAUCGCUACUAUCAGAAGAAUGGAAACUACAUCAGUGCAGCCAGGGUGAUGGCGAAACUUGCAGUCAUUGACAACACCGCUGUGACUCUUAAAAGAAGGAUUGAAUACUUAUCUAGAGCCAUCUUGAGUGCCAAAACCACCAACAGCAUGGAUGUACCCGCUCAAGAUAAAGAAUUCAUCCAUGAGCUUGAAGACUACUUGGAUGUCGCUAAAAUACAGCUUGAAAUCCAGGGGACCUUAAGUAGACAAUUCUCACAUCUUUCCUCAACACAAAAGUCUGUGGCACAGCUCGAUUCAGAAAUAAUGGACCUUACAGAGCUCUAUGAAAAAUUUGCACACCCAUUCCAACUUUCCGAGUGCAAGCUUAAAAUCAUUCAAUGUGCGGAAUGUUUUUCUGAUGUCUUCUUGGUGAAGAAUAUAUGGAAAGAAAUCAUACAAAGAGAAUUGAAGGACAGCGUAAAGAUGGCUGCUGCUGACAGGAUGCAAAUGCUGAGCCUGAAGCUGAUUUCACUGGGCAAGAUCUUCUCCAGCACCCCCAGGUGCUUUCCGGUCAGGUUUUUGGUGAAUUACCUGGAACAACAAGUCUGCACCUUGGAUUGGCCUGCGGGGUUUGUAACAAAGACAAUGCUGGAAAUGACUGUGCUUCUUCCCAGAUUAUUUGCAGUAUACGAUGACCUGUUCAGAUAUAGGAAUGACUUUUGGACUGAGAUGAAGAACUCUUUACAUCUGGCAGAAUGUAUUCAUGGACUGCUAUCUGGAUAUGUCAAUGGAAUUAUUACAGUUCCGGUCCUUGAAAGGCAUCAGUUUAACACCACCUGUGUGAGUGCCAUCUCUUCAUAUCUGGUAGAGCUUCAGUCCAUGGACCCCACACCUGCAGUGAAGACAUCCUUGUGGAAUUUCAAACAUUUACAGACCGGAUUGGAACAAUUACUGUAA